AUGAAAUUUCGUGCUUUAGUACUUCAAGAAUUACAUGAAACUCAUAUGGGCAUAGUAAAAAGCAAGGCACUAGUAAGGUCAUAUGUAUGGUGGCCAAAAAUCGACGCAGACAUCGAAGAAACUAUCAAGCAUUGCAUACCCUGCAAUUCAGUUAAAGACAAUCCCCAGAAAGCUUCUUUAAUUCCAUGGGAAUGGUCGACAAAACCAUGGCAAAGGCUUCACUUGGAUUAUUUGGGACCAGUUUCAGGUCGGUAUUACAGUCACUCAAAAUGGUUGGAAGCUUUUCCAACAAAAUCAAUGUCGACGGAAGUGACAAUACAAAUUUUACGACAAGUUUUUGCCAGAUUUGGGCUCCCAGAGGUGCUUGUGUCAGAUAAUUACUCGGCAUUUGAAUCAGAAAAUUUUCAACGUUUCAUUAAAAGAAAUGGAAUUGAACACAAGAGUGGAGCACCAUAUUAUCCAGCCUCAAACGGAGCAGCAGAAAAUAGCGUGAAAACAAUCAAACGGUUGUUGAAAACUGCAUUAAUGGAAUCUACGAGUUCGGACCUCAACAAAGCGCUAAACAGUUUUCUGUUACAGUAUAGAAAUAUUCCGUAUGCUACUUCAAAUGUGUCACCAGCACAAGCUCUACUUGGUCGAAAUUUGAGAACAAGAUUGGAUCUCCUCCGUCCUAUGCCGUCGAAAACGAGCACUAGAGUGGAAGAGAAACAAAAACAGCAAAUUAGCAGUCAUGCUGGGAAGACACCGUCACAAGAAAAAUUUCAGAAGGGAGGAAAGAAAUGGGUGGAAGGAAAAAUUAUUAAAUGUUUGGGUCCUAGGAGACGAAGGGUUUACAUUCCGGAAAUCGGAAAAACUUGGAUACGUCACCUAGACCAACUCAGAGUAGCUGCACAAGAGUCUAAUUCAUCUGUAGAUAAAAUGGAUGCUCCGAAUAGACUGAGAGAAUCCCCAAAGAAGACCACAAUAAAUGAUACUGAAACGACUACGUGUUCGAAGACCCGGUCCGAACCAGUACAGCAAAUUCCAGAGGAAUUGAACCAGGAACCAGCAAAAGACCAAUCUCCAAUUGCGGUGGAAAUUAAGGAGCUACCCAAACGCAAUCGCACUGUUCCUCGCCGGUUAAUUGAAGAAAUGUAA